AUGCUCUUUUUCCCAUUCCCCUUGAACCGCAACCAAUGCCACAACACCCACUUUCUGCAGUUCACCACCCCACACACCCACCCCUGCUGCCCAGCACCGCAGCGACCGCGCUUCUCGAGACGUGCUCUGAUUCCACGUGCGCAUUCCCAUCAAUUCGCCGCUGCCAGUCGUCGCUGCGGCGCGACGGCGAUCAGCGGGCAGCAAGCAGUUCGCAACGGCUCGCACACGCCCCCGCGCUUUCGCGUCGGCUCCCGCCGUGCGGUGCGCGAGAGGAGCGUGCGCGCAUCGGCACCCAUGCACGGCGUGCCGGCGGUGGUGACGUCGUCGCACGGCCACCGGCACGCCCCCUUCCUCGCCGCCGCGCGCCCCUCCCCCCGCUCGCUCGCCGCGCUGUGCCUGCUCGCUGUCGCCGCGCUCGCCCUCCUCGCCGCCGCCGUGCACUCGCCCCUCGCCCCCCGCCUCGCCGCACGUCGCGCGACAAGCCGGGGACGAGGUACCACCUCCACUGCCGCAGCGCACAGCGUCGGCCCAUUUGCCGAUAAAACAGCCGACCGUUCAGCACCGGCAACAUCACAGCCGUCCAUCCUGCCUCUGCCCCUGGGUUCUCACCAUGCGCGUGGAAGGCAGGUGGGCGAUCCCACCUCCACUGACCCCACAAGCGAUGCAGAUGCAGGCAGUACGGCAAGCGCUGUGGUGGUGGCUACUGCCGGUGCUGCCACCACGGACGGCCAGUCAGUGCCACUGACAACAGCUGGUGCAGCCGCCAACGCAUCAGCAGAAGCUGAGUCAUCAACUGGCGCAUCAGACACAGCAGAAGCGUACGUAGCAGGGGUGCCGGAGCAGUGCAGCAUGCAGCGCAGCACAGACUAUGACGGGGACGCGCUCACAUGGGGCCUGGACUUCCUCACCGCCUCUGCUGCCGACUGCUGUGCGCGCUGCCGUGCCAUGGCUGCCACUGCUGAUGCCGCCGCACACCAGGGCGGGGAGGGCGGGCAGCAGCGGUGCAACAUCUGGGUGUUCUGCCCUGAGCCCGGGGGGUGCUGGUCGCCUGACAUAUGGGACCACAAGCACAAGGAGUGCUGGCUCAAAUAUGGAGACCCCCCCAAAUUAAACUUCCAGGGUCGUUACGCUGACGAGUUUCGGGCCAUGCAUCCCACCGCACCUGAGGCCGUUCAGUGGGUGGCCGGCGUCAUCUAA